AAAGGCAGAGACAUAUUUUGAUUCGUUUUCUUCUCCAAGGAUAGUUUUGACGAAAACUCGAGCUCUGCCUCUUCAACAUCCUCUUCUUUUGACAAUCGACUUCGAUAUGAAAUUGUCGUAUUUCUUUUCACUAUGGGCUACCGCCUUCUUCAGCCUUGCGCUAUCCCAGCGGCCUAUCGAAGACCUUGGCCGCGGAGUCGUAGCUGUUCGGGCAAGCGAGAAUAACAUUCUCGUAACUUGGAGACUUCUUGGUCUAGACCCCGAUGGCAUUGGAUUCAAUAUCUACCGGAGCGCCGAUGGUGACAGGGUAAUGCGUCUAAAUGACAAGGUCCUCACUGGUGGAACCAACUUUCUCGACAAAACAGCAGACGAGGCUGUCCCAAACGCUUAUACUGUCAGGCCUGUCGUGGACGGCAAAGAACAAACAGAUUCAGGCUCUUUCGUUCUGCCCGCAGACAAUGCAGUCGAACCUGUGGUACGAAUACCACUUCGUCCAGGUAAAACCAUCAAGUAUGUCUGGGUCGGUGACCUCGAUGGCGAUGGAGAGUGGGACUAUGUCAUUGACAGACAUGAUACGCGCCAAUCAAUUGAAGCAUACACCAGCAACGGAACCUUCCUCUGGGAGGUUGACCUAGGGCCUGGCAGUGAGAAUCAGGACAACAUUUCCCCUGGACCCUCUACCAUUGAUGUAGGCCACUGGGAUGGUGUUACAGUGUUUGACUUCGACAGCGACGGUUAUGCUGAGGUUGCUAUUCGCAUUGCCAACGGUGUCACCUUUGGCGAUGGAAAGAAGUUUGAAAAGGGCAAGAAUGAGACUUACCAGUGCAUAGCCAUUCUUGAUGGACGCACAGGAGCCCUUCGUGCCUCUGCCCCAUUGCCGACAGACUAUAUAGCCGAUGGCCCCCUGGCUUGUAGAGUAGGUGCUGGCUUUCUUGACGGCAAAACCCCUCACCUGGUGGGUUUCCUCAAGAACCGCCGUAAGGACAAGAAUUUCAACCUUCUCGUUAUGGCAUGGACCUUCGAUGGGAAAGCGCUAAAGCAAGCUUGGAAGUGGGCACGCGGAGAUCGGUACGAAGAUUUUCCCGAUGGGCACAAUAGUCGUAUCGUGGAUGUCGAUGGUGAUGGGAAGGAUGAGUACUUUGAGAUUGGAUUUGGUCUCAAUGGUGAUGGAACAGUCAAGUAUUCUCUUGGAGAGAAGGGCAUCAUCCAUGGAGAUCGAUAUCAUAUUGCCAAAAUGGAUCCUAAACGGAAGGGCCUACAGGGUUAUGGUGUUCAGCAAAGAUCUAAGGAUCUCUUGUAUGAAUAUUAUUACGAUGCCACUGAUGGUACCAUAAUCUGGGAGCACCAUGGAAAGGAAGUUCUUGACAUCGGACGCGGUAUGGCCGGCGACAUCGACCCCACUCACGAAGGAAUGGAGGUCUGGUCUUUUUCUGGAGGUUUAUACAACGCUCGAGAGAAUAAGCAGUUAGUAAACGACGCCGAACUUGCUCCCUGGCCUCAUCUGGGAGUCUGGUGGGACGGGGAUGCUCUGCUAGAGCUUUUCAACGAUGGCAAGUUUGAGAAAUGGGAUUGGGAAAACCCAUCAACAUCUGACAAAGUGCCUCGCCUCCUCACUGCUAGCAAGUACGGUGGUGUCUUGAAUGGAAGGUAUCCGCUGCUUAUCGGCGACAUAUUGGGAGACUGGAGAGAAGAAGUUGUCUUGACCAACGCCAAUCAAGACGAGCUACUCAUCUUCACCACCGAUCAGCCAUCGGAUAUCCGUCUAUAUACUUUGGCACAUAAUCCCAACUAUCGUAACGACCUGACAGUAAAGGGAUAUCUUCAAUCUCAUCAUGUUGACUACUUUUUAGGCCAUGACAUGGAAACGCCCCCAAAGCCGAAGAUUCGUUAUACUAAGAAGGCUUAGAUAUUAGUUACAGCCAGGGGAGACCUAGGGUCAUUAUAUAGGAACACUUUGCAAAUAUUAUUUCUUCGCUGCUUCGAAUAUGUAA